ACCUUAAGCCAUGUUAGGUUGUGCCAGCUAAGUACCUGAGUAUUCUUUUGACAGCUCUCCAAUGAGUUUCUAGAGGUUGGUGCAUAAAUUGUGAGGCUUUAUUGACAGCAAAGGUGAUGUCUGAUCUUGUGAUUGUUGCAUAUUGGAGACCUCCUACAAUGGAUUUGUACAAUGCUGGUUUCUGAAAUGCUUCACCAUCAAACACAGAGAGUUUCAAGCUGGAUGAUAUUGGGGUAGGCAUCGCUUUUGCAUCGUGCAUUCCCGCUCUUACAAGCAGUAGCUCCUUGAUGUACUUGUUCUGGCAGAGGAGUAUUUCAUUGUCAUUUUUCCUAAUAGCUUCAAUACCCAAGAAAUAAUUCAUUUCUCCCAAGUCCUUUAAAGAAAAAUUGAGUUAAGCUGACUGAUUAGUGUGGUAAUUUUAGAAUUUGAGCUUCUUGUGACUAGGAUAUCGUCAACAUAGACAAGCAUAUAUGUUGCUGAGGAUGCUGUAACUCUUGUGAAGAGAGAUGUGUCUGAGACAGUGUUGUGGAAUCUAAAUCCGUUGAGGGUUGUCUUGAGCUUGGUGAACCACGCACGAGGCGCUUGCUUUAACCCAUAUAGUGACCUCUGAAGUUUGUACACAUGAAUCAGAUGGUGGGGUGAGAGAAAACCCUCUGGUUAAGUCCUGUAUACUGUUUCUUUAAGAUCCCCAUUUAAGAAUGCAUUGUUGAAGUCAAAUUGCCUUAUCCUCCAUCCUUUUGCCAAUGCCAAGGUCAGCAUGAUUCUCAUAGUGGGUGGCCUCACUACGGGACUGGAGAUCUGGUCAAAAUUCACGCCUUCCUUCUGGUGAAAACCCUUUGCCAUUAGUCUAGCUUUGUACUUCUGAAUGGUGCCAUUGGGGUGUCUCUUUAUCCUGAAGACCUAUUUACAACCAAUGAUAGGGGUUGAGUUAGGAGCAGGUUUGGGGACUAGCUGCCAAGUGUGGUUCCUCAUUCGGGCUUCAUAUUCCUCCUCCGUUGCUCUUCGCCAAUGGGGAUAAGCGAGGGCAUGUACCACUGUCGAAGGCAGGUUCUCCGAGAGAUGCAGGUUUGUUGGAGCUGUAGCUGGCAACACAAUUUCAAUCAUGACUGAUUGAUUAGCUCCUACAGUAGGAGUGACAUUGCUGGGAGGUGGAUUAGUGACAGUAGCAGUAUUAUCAGCAAGAGCAGAGUAAUCAGACAGAUAUACAGGACAGAAUUUGGUUUGCAAGUGACUCCAGCUGAGUUUGUUGAAUUUGGUUUUGCAGCAUGUGAGUGUGAAGAGUUGGGACAUUGGUUAGGAAGAUUUGGUUUUUCUUUGGGAUCAUAGAUUGGGAAUUUUGGUUUUUCAGACAUAUUGGUGAUAUUGCAGGUUGGUGUAAUGGGUGGGGAAGGUAAAUGCUUGGUUUUAGUGACUCUUGGGAUAACUUGAAUCCCUUCAAAUUUGUAUAGUCCUUCCUUAAGUAAGCCUUGAAGGAGUAUCUUUUUGGACAUCUGACAUUGCAAAAAUAAGACCAGAAUUCAAAAGAUAUACAGUUGUCUAGUGCAAACUUAGCAACACUAACAAGAUUUUUAGAGAUGGUGGGUAUAUGUAGUAAGUUUCUUAGUGUGAAAGAUCUAUUGGAUAAGGAUGCAUGCAUAAAGGAACUUCUAAUAUGCUCAUUUUUCAUACCUUGGUCAUUACUUCCAUACACAUUUUUUGUGCCCUCAUAAUCUGAUCCUGUGGCAAGGUUUCUUUGAUCGAAUGUGAUGUGAUGCGAAGCUCCUAAGUCAGGGAGAGCUGAUGGCAACGUGAGGAGUGCUUGUGGAUUCGCUGUUGUAGGUGACUGCAUUCUUGGAUCUUGAUAAUGUUGUUGAUUACCUGAGGCAUUAUAGAAUACCAUUGAGGGUGGUUGAGCUGUCGUUAGGGAUUGCAGUUGAAGAUUUAUGAAUUCUGGAUUGAACCUGUGGUAACACUGUACAACUGUAUGUCCUAUCUUUCCACAUAAUUGGCACUGAGGUCUGCUACCUUGACACCAUGUAGAUCUUCCAGAACCUCUGAAGUAGCCUCUGCCUCGCGUUCCUCAAAAACUACAUCUGUUGCGGUGGUGAUAGUUUUUGUCUUGAGCUUUUUCUUGUUCCUCAUUGCUUUGAGCAACAUUUGCAUGAAUCAGCCCUAGAUCUGUCUUUCUGAACCUAUCAAUCAGCUCUUCUUCUGUGAGCAAUUGUGAUUCAAAUUCGCUUUCUGACAUGUGGUCCAUUCUUGCCAUUGUAAUUGUAAUGAAUGCUCUAUAUUCCUCACUGAAACCUCCUAGCGUAGUUUCUAUGUAUUCUUCCUUUUUCGACACUACUUCAGGGUUAGCCUUUUCCAAAGGAAGAAGAAAAAGCAGUGAGGUUUUCAAAAGAAACUACACUACAUGUUACUCAAAGAUCUAAUGGAAGAAAAACGGUUAAACCUUAGCCAGCCACUUCUAUCGGUGCGGCGAUACUCAUCGACAAAGUCCUCCAAAAGGAGCAAGAGAGAUAGCAAUUCAUCAACAAGAUUACCCUCUCCACCUUCAUACAAAUCAGAUUUAAAGUCAGGUCCAGUUAGAACUGCAGGUGCUGUUCCAUUUGUGUGGGAAAAAGCUCCUGGAAAACCAAAAGAACAGAGCAAUUCACAUAAGCAUGGUCUAAUCACUCCAAAUCCUCCACCAGGGAAGGUUUCAAAGGUAAAUAGGAAGCAAUGUUUUGAUGCAGUUUCGACUUGUGGAAGCAAUAAUGUUUCUGAUUCUGUAAGGAUUUCAGACAAAGAGGAAGUUAAGGAAAAGGAAAAGGUAGCAGGUUCUGAUUCAGAUGAUGAGAAUUUUGUAGAUGCUCUUGAGACACUUUCAAGGACUGAAUCAUUCUUCAUGAGCACUACUAGUGUUUUUGAUGAUCAAGAGGUCCUGGAACAAUCUAGAAGCUUAUCAUCAUUGUCCAGCAAUCGCGAUUUCAUAAUCGACAGGUUCUUGCCGGCAGCAAAGGCCUUGACAUCCGGAACACAGCCAUAUGCAUCAUCCUUCAGGAAGACAAUUGUAGGACAAGAACAACAACGAAAAGAGGUUAAGAAAGUUUUGAGACCAGAAAUUUCCCUGCCUCUUAGUCAGCAUAGGCCUAAAGCUCUGCCUUGUUAUGGCGAAGAUAAAACCGGAGACUGCAAUGGAGCCGAAAACUUCACGGCCACUGGUUGUGGAUUGUUUCCUAAGCUAUGUCUUCUUAGUCCAAUUGGAGGAUCAAGAAAUGAGGAUAAGACUCAAAGUUCUGCAGUUCAUGGAAUGCAAGCAAAAUCAGUUGCUUCCCAUUGUGUCAUGCACAAGAGAAGACCAGAGAAAUGAAGGCAAAGAGAUUAAGAAAUAAAAGAAAGGAAUUUUUUGUUUUUUUAGAAUAAACUAUUUUGUACGCUUGUGUUUAUAAUACCAUAUACUUGGUUGGUUUCACAGGUAAAUGCAUAAUAAUGGUUCCUUUUUAUUCAAUUCAGCAUUGAAUUCUUUUGUGUGCAGAUCAAAAUAACAGAAUGUAACUUAUGUAUAAGCACAUUAUGUUCUGAUUAAUUUUAGCUAGGUGCCACGUGGCGUGUGGGAUCGUGUAACAAUGAAGGUGAAGAAAUCAUGGUACAGAGUACAGACAAAUAAAGUGAUUGUAAUAAUGAUAUACUAUAUGGUCCAAGACUAUGGAUGAAAUUAAAAUUUGUUGCACAGGGCCAAAGGAAGAGACCAACCGUGUU